AUGUCGGCUCCUGUCGGGCCCCGGGGCCGCCUGGAUCCUACCCCGGCGGCCUCUCAGCCGCCUCUGCAGCCCGAGAUGCCCGACCUCAGCCACCUCACAGAGGAGGAGAGGAAAAUCAUUCUGGCCGUCAUGGAUCGGCAGAAGAAAGAAGAGGAGAAGGAGCAGUCUGUGCUCAAGGUCAAAGAAGAACACAAACCACAACUGACACAGUGGUUUCCCUUUAGUGGGAUCACUGAACUGGUAAAUAACGUUCUUCAACCCCAGCAAAAACAACAAAAUGAAAAGGAGCCCCAGACAAAACUGCAUCAGCAGUUUGAAAUGUAUAAGGAGCAGGUAAAAAAGAUGGGAGAAGAAUCACAGCAACAGCAAGAACAGAAGGGUGAUGCCCCAACGUGUGGUAUCUGUCACAAAACAAAGUUUGCUGAUGGAUGUGGCCAUAACUGUUCAUAUUGCCAAACAAAGUUUUGUGCUCGUUGUGGAGGUCGAGUGUCAUUACGCUCAAACAAGGAGGACAAAUUGGUUAUGUGGGUAUGUAAUUUGUGCCGAAAACAGCAAGAAAUCCUCACUAAAUCAGGAGCAUGGUUUUAUAAUAGUGGAUCUAAUACACCACAGCAACCUGAUCAAAAGGUUCCUCAAGGACUGCGAAAUGAGGAGGCGCCUCAAGAGAAGAAAGCAAAACUACAUAAGCAGGCCCAGUUCCAAGGACACUCAGGUGACUUAUCUGUACCGGCAGUGGAGAAAAGUCGAUCUCAUGGGCUCACAAGACAGGAUUCUAUUAAAAAUGGGUCAGGAGUGAAGCACCAAAUUUCCAGUGACAUAGCUUCAGACAGGAAAAGAAGUCCAUCAGUGUCCAGAGAUCAGAACAGACGAUACGACCAAAGGGAAGAGAGAGAGGAAUAUUCACAGUAUGCUACUUCGGAUAGCGCAAUGCCUCGAUCUCCAUCAGAUUAUGCUGAUAGGCGCUCUCAACGAGAACCUCAGUUUUAUGAAGAAUCUGAUGAUUUAAACUAUAGGGACUCUAACAGGAGAAGUCAUAGGCAUUCCAGAGAAUAUUUUGUAGAUGCCGGGGAUGUGGAGAGCAGAGAUGAAUAUGAAAGACAAAGGAGAGAGGAGGAGUACCAAGCACGCUACCGAAGUGAUCCGAAUUUGGCCCGUUAUCCGGUAAAGCCACAACCCUAUGAAGAACAAAUGCGUAUCCAUGCCGAAGUGUCCCGAGCACGGCAUGAGAGAAGGCAUAGUGAUGUUUCUUUGGCAAAUGCUGAACUGGAAGAUUCCAGGUUGUCUAUGAUAAGGAUGGACCGACCAUCAAGGCAAAGAUCUAUAUCUGAACGUAGAGCCGCCCUGGAAAAUCAGCGAUCUUAUUCGAUGGAACGAACUCGAGAGGCUCAGGGACAAAGUUGUUAUCCACAAAGGACCACAAACCAUAGUCCUCCCACUCCCCGGAGGAGUCCAAUACCCAUCGAUAGGCCAGACAUGAGGCGAACUGACUCACUAAGGAAACAACAUCACUUAGAUCCCAGCUCUGCUGUAAGGAAAACAAAACGGGAAAAAAUGGAAACGAUGUUAAGGAAUGAUUCUCUCAGUUCAGACCAGUCAGAAUCAGUGAGACCACCACCACCGAAGCCUCAUAAAUCAAAGAAGGGAGGAAAAAUGCGCCAGGUUUCAUUAAGCAGUUCAGAGGAGGAACUGGCUUCCACACCUGAAUAUACAAGUUGUGAUGAUGUUGAGAUUGAAAGUGAGAGUGUAAGUGAAAAAGGGGACAGUCAAAAGGGAAAAAGAAAAACUAGUGAGCAGGCAGUUUUGUCGGACUCUAACACCAGGUCUGAGAGACAAAAGAAAAUGAUGUACUUUGGUGGCCACUCUUUGGAAGAGGAUUUGGAAUGGUCUGAGCCUCAGAUUAAGGACUCUGGGGUAGAUACGUGUAGUAGCACAACCCUUAACGAGGAGCAUAGCCAUAGUGAUAAGCACCCUGUGACCUGGCAGCCAUCUAAAGAUGGAGAUCGUUUAAUUGGUCGCAUUUUAUUAAAUAAGCGUCUAAAAGAUGGAAGUGUACCUCGAGAUUCAGGAGCAAUGCUUGGUUUGAAGGUUGUAGGAGGAAAGAUGACCGAAUCAGGUCGGCUUUGUGCAUUUAUUACCAAAGUGAAAAAAGGAAGUUUAGCUGAUACUGUAGGACAUCUCAGACCAGGUGAUGAAGUAUUAGAAUGGAAUGGAAGGCUAUUGCAAGGAGCCACAUUUGAGGAAGUAUACAACAUUAUUUUGGAGUCCAAACCUGAACCACAAGUGGAGCUUGUUGUUUCAAGGCCUAUUGGAGAUAUACCUAGAAUACCUGAUAGCACACAUGCACAACUGGAGUCUAGUUCUAGCUCAUUCGAAUCUCAGAAAAUGGAUCGUCCUUCUAUUUCUGUUACCUCUCCUAUGAGUCCUGGCAUGCUGAGGGAUGUUCCACAGUUCUUAUCUGGACAACUUUCAAUCAAACUAUGGUUUGACAAGGUUGGUCACCAAUUAAUAGUUACAAUUUUGGGAGCAAAGGAUCUUCCUUCUAGGGAAGAUGGGAGGCCAAGGAACCCUUAUGUUAAAAUUUACUUUCUUCCCGACAGAAGUGAUAAAAACAAGAGAAGAACUAAAACAGUAAAGAAAACAUUGGAACCCAAAUGGAACCAAACUUUCAUUUAUUCUCCGGUCCACCGAAGAGAAUUUCGGGAACGAAUGCUGGAGAUUACCCUUUGGGAUCAAGCUAGAGUUCGAGAGGAAGAAAGUGAAUUCUUAGGAGAGAUUUUAAUUGAAUUAGAAACAGCAUUAUUAGAUGAUGAGCCACACUGGUAUAAACUUCAGACCCAUGAUGUCUCUUCAUUGCCACUUCCCCACCCUUCUCCAUAUAUGCCACGAAGACAUCUCCAUGGAGAGAGCCCAACACGGAGAUUGCAAAGGUCAAAGAGAAUAAGUGAUAGUGAAGUCUCUGACUAUGACUGUGAUGAUGGAAUUGGUGUAGUAUCAGAUUAUCGACACAAUGGUCGAGAUCUUCAAAGCUCAACAUUAUCAGUGCCAGAACAAGUAAUGUCGUCAAACCAUUGCUCACCAUCAGGGUCUCCCCAUCGAGUAGAUGUUAUAGGAAGGACUAGAUCAUGGUCACCCAGUGUCCCUCCUCCACAAAGUCGGAAUGUGGAACAGGGACUUCGAGGGACACGCUCUCCUACUGGACAUUAUAAUACAAUUAGCCGAAUGGAUAGACAUCGUGUUGCGGAUGAUCAUUAUUCUCCAGAUAGAGACAGGGAUUGUGAAGCAGCAGAUAGACAGCCAUAUCACAGAUCCAGAUCAACAGAACAACGGCCUCUCCUUGAGCGGACCACCACCCGCUCCAGAUCCACUGAACGUCCUGAUACAAACCUCAUGAGGUCGAUGCCUUCAUUAAUGACUGGAAGAUCUGCCCCUCCUUCACCUGCUUUAUCGAGGUCUCAUGCUCGUACUGGGUCUGUCCAGACAAGUCCAUCAAGUACUCCAGUGGCAGGACGAAGGGGCCGACAGCUUCCACAGCUUCCGCCAAAGGGAACGUUGGAGAGAAAAGAAGUGGACUCCACAAACAGAAGACAUGCAGGUGCUAUGGAUAUAGAGGAGAGAAAUCGCCAAAUGAAAAUUAACAAAUACAAACAGGUAGCCGGAUCAGAUCCCAGACUGGAACAAGAUUACCAUUCUAAGUAUCGAUCAGGAUGGGAUCCUCAUAGAGGGGCAGAUAAUAUUUCCACUAAAUCUUCGGACAGUGAUGUAAGUGAUAUAUCUGCAAUUUCAAGGACUAGUAGUGCUUCUCGUUUCAGCAGCACAAGCUACAUGUCUGUCCAAUCAGAACGGCCAAGAGCAAACAAGAAAAUCAGUGUCUUUACAUCCAAAAUGCAAAGCAGACAAAUGGGCAUGUCAGGGAAGAACAUGACUAAAAGCACCAGCAUCAGUGGAGACAUGUGCUCACUGGAGAAGAAUGAUGGCAGCCAGUCUGACACUGCGGUGGGAGCCUUGGGCACCGGCAGCAAAAAGCGGCGCUCUAGCAUUGGGGCCAAAAUGGUAGCUAUUGUUGGUCUCUCACGGAAAAGUCGCAGCGCUUCUCAGCUCAGCCAAACGGAAGCAGGAGGUAAAAAAUUGCGGAGUACUGUCCAGAGAAGUACAGAAACAGGUCUGGCAGUGGAGAUGAGGAACUGGAUGACUCGACAGGCAAGCCGAGAAUCUACAGAUGGCAGCAUGAACAGCUAUAGCUCAGAAGGAAAUCUGAUUUUUCCUGGUGUUCGCUUGGCCUCUGAUAGCCAGUUCAGUGAUUUUCUGGAUGGUCUUGGCCCUGCUCAGCUAGUGGGACGUCAGACUCUGGCUACCCCUGCGAUGGGUGACAUUCAGGUAGGAAUGAUGGACAAAAAGGGACAGUUGGAGGUGGAAAUUAUUCGGGCCCGUGGCCUUGUUGUAAAACCAGGUUCCAAAACACUGCCAGCACCAUAUGUAAAGGUGUAUCUGUUAGAUAACGGAGUCUGCAUAGCCAAAAAGAAAACAAAAGUGGCAAGAAAAACACUGGAACCCCUUUACCAACAGCUGUUAUCCUUUGAAGAGAGUCCCCAAGGAAAGGUUUUACAGAUCAUUGUCUGGGGAGAUUAUGGCCGCAUGGAUCACAAAUCCUUUAUGGGAGUGGCUCAGAUACUUUUAGAUGAACUGGAUCUAUCCAAUAUGGUGAUCGGAUGGUUCAAACUUUUUCCCCCUUCCUCCUUAGUAGAUCCAACAUUGGCCCCUCUGACAAGAAGAGCUUCCCAGUCAUCUCUGGAAAGUUCAACCGGACCUUCUUACUCUCGCUCAUAG